AUAUACCAAAUAUCAACUGUCGCCUCGGCAUUACUACUCUUUGACCAAGUAAAUACGCGUUGUGCCGCUGUACCGCGCUCAGUCGCCUCCCGCCGUUCAUAUACAAGGACGUAAUCAUGGCGCAGGUAAAAAUCCCCACAAUAAAGCUGAACAAUGGAGCUGAUAUGCCAGUGCUGGGUUACGGCACGUGGCUCGGAAUCAGUGAGAAGGCGCAAGCAGCUGGUGACGCCAAGGAAGCCUUUUCGUUUGACUUUGACGUGAGUGAUGCGCCAAAAAUGGUCGAAGCUUUGUCGUAUGCCAUCGACAUCGGCUAUCGACACAUCGAUACGGCGCAUCUCUACCGCAUGGAGCCUGAAGUAGGGCAAAUUAUCAACCAGAAGAUAAAACAGGGUGUUGUGAAGAGAGAGGAACUGUUUGUUACGACAAAGGUGUGGCAUCACUUCCACCGCGAGGCUGACGUGGAGGUGUCCGUGAGGGGCUCCCUGCGCCGUCUCAAUCUGGACUACGUGGAUCUCAUACUCAUGCAUUGGCCCAUGUCAAUCUCUCAAACAGGCGUUGACGAAAAAAUCGAUUAUCUGGAGACUUGGCGCGGGUUCGAGUCCGUGUUGAAGAAAGGCCUCGUCAAGGCCAUCGGCGUUUCCAACUUCAACUUAGAGCAGAUGAAGAGAUUACUGGCCAACUGCAAAGUGCCACCAGCGAGCAACCAAAUUGAGAUCAACCUGAACUUGGGCCAGCCGGAGCUGGUAGAGUACUGCCAGUCGAAAGGCGUGGUCGUGGUCGCCUACUCGCCGUUUGGCACAAUGGUGCCGUCACGAGCCGCUCCGAACAGCCCCGAACCAAAACUCAACAACCCUACUAUGGUGGCCAUCGCGAAGAAAUACAAUAAAACAGUCACGCAGGUCACUUUGAGAUAUCUGUACCAACGCGGCAUCGUGUCCAUACCCAAAACCAUAACGAAAAGUCGAGUGCUCGAAAACGCGUCGAUUUUCGACUUUGAACUCGACCAGGGCGAUGUCGCUACGAUUGCUAAGUUCGACAACGGGUACCGGACAGUCCGUCCAAUUUUCUGGCAAAACUACCUCAACUACCCCUUUGACAAAGUACCGGAGAAGGCUGAGAUACCCAAAUCACUGAUGGUUUGGAAAAAUGGCAUCAAUCUUGAUAUUGAUUAAAUUGUUCAAAUAAAUAAAAAUUAUUAA